AUGGCUGGAGGACCAAAGAGACAUUUGUCUUUGAUUGGAUUCAGUCUCAUCUGUCUUAAAAUGGUUGUUUCAGCCAAAACAGCUCCUGAAAUACCCACUAUUGAUCAGGCGUAUUCAAAACUCAGCAAUAGUAUCACUGUGGAGUGGGUUACAGUGCCAGGGGCCACCGGUUACCUGCUCUCAGCCGAAGACGGGGAGACAGUCAUUGAGACCAUGGUGGCCAAUUCCCCAGGCACCGUGACAGGCCUGAAGGCUGCAACCCUAUACCAAAUUACCAUCAGAUCCAUCAGCGCUGCUGGGAGAAGCCAGGCAUCACCUCCAACACAGGCAAAGACAGUGCUGGCUGCACCAAUUCUAGAAGUACGCUCUCCGAGUCCAGACUCCAUCCUUGUGCGAUGGGAAGCUGUAUACAUGGCGGUUGGAUUUUCUGUGUCCGUCAUGCAAGCUAAUGGCAUGGGUAGAAUCUGGAAAGAGAAUACUACAAACACGUCCUUGACCUUCAGCUGUUUAGAUGCUGGGACUCUCUACACGAUAAAGGCCUAUGCAUGGAAUGCCAACGGAAUCCCUGGGGAUGACUCCACCUGCAAUCAGAGAACAAGUCCUCGUGCCCCUGGCAACCUUCAAGUGUCUUUUGACAGCGGGGCUCUGAAGGCAUCUGUUUCGUGGACCCUGACAGAAGGAGCUUUCAAUUACACUGUGAUGGCCUUGAGCAACUCCUCCCAGCAGAGUUGUAGCACAAUGUUCAGCUCCUGUAGCAUCAGUCCCCUGCAGUGUGGAACCGAGUACCUCAUUUCUGUUUCAGCAAGUAAUGACGCCGGAUCCAGCAGGUCCCCUUCAGCAGUGACCCUGAAGACUGUUGCUUGUGCACCUGGAAGAGUGACAAUCCAAGAGGAUCCCCCUGGCAACCUGUCUGUGGCCUGGUCCAACGUAGAUCUGGGUGAUUACUACGUGGUUUUUGUGAAGAGUGAUGAUGGCUUGGAAGUCCACUGCAACACAUCCCUCACUCAGUGCAAUUUCUUAUCUGAGUGUGGCUUCACUUACUUUAUUAGUGUGUUUGCCUAUAAUAAGGCAGGGCAGAGCCCUUUAAGUGAUGUAUUUAAUUAUACCACAGCUCCCUGUUGUCCUAGUGACAUCAACCCUGUGCUGGUGUCCAGUGACAGAGUAGAGAUGGUCUGGUCUCCUGUCCGUGGUGCCGAACUCUACGAAACCAAGGCUGUAGGCGGGUACAACGUGGUGGAGUGCAGUGACACUGCUCCUGCCUGCACCCUUUCAGCUCUACAGUGUGACACCAAGUACAACAUCACUGUGUAUUCCUUCAGCGAGGUCCGCGGCAGCAAUAUGUCAUGCUCGUCUCGCUUUGUCACCACAGCUCCUUGCAGUCCUGAAAUAAAAAAUAUUUCGAAGGAUGCAUUCUCCACAAUUAAUGUGCACUGGCGGGCCACUAACAAUGAUGCCACUUACACGGUGACUGCCCGGGGGGAGAAAGGGCUGUACCAGUGCAGCAGCACGGGAGAGGCCUGUGCCAUGGGCGACCUCCCCUGUGGCUCAGUGUUCUCUGUCACCGCUGUGGCCGAAACACAGGCAGGAAAAAGCCUUCCCAGCUACAGUGUGCCCCUGGAAACAGUACCAUGUUGCCCAACUGGUCUGACAGUAACUCAGGUCACCCAAACGGUAAUCAAUGUGAGCUGGACUUUUGGGACAGUAAUCCAAACCUAUGUGACAGUUCUGGAAUCUCUUGUUGGACAGUCCAAGUGUCACACCCAUCAAAACCACUGUCUCCUUGGAUGCAUCCCGUGUGGCAUCGACUAUACGGUGGCAUUAAGAGCAGUUAGUGCUACUGGAUUGACCACGGAGUGCGCCUACCAAAGUUAUUCUUCCAAUGCUUGCUGCCCUUUGGGGGUGAAAUUGUAUCGGCUGGGCCAUAAUGGUAUCCGAAUCCACUGGCAAGCUUAGGGCUCAGCCAAUUACAGCACUGACCUCUAUGGCUCCAAAGGCAUUUUCACAUGUGCCCCAAGUGCUGGCUUCAGUUUCUGUGAUGUCACCGAGAUACCUUGUGGGGAUGUAUAUACCGUGGUGGUCUCACCAGUUGCUGAAACAGGAUUGAAACUUACUUUCUGUCCCAAAAAAAUAUAUUCAGUAACCUGCUCUGGAAGUACACUUGGAAUGGUGAUUUACAGAGGGAAGAGAAAUGCAGAAUGA